AUGGCGGUGUUACUACUCAGUUCUUGCGGAAUCUCAGUCGGUGAACCAAUAUUGACGAUUCAGAGCCCUGACGGCGAUGUAAUAGACUGCCUCAACACGAUGGACCAACCCUCGUUGAAGAAUCCUCUGCUGAAAAAUCACAUAUUCCAGGAAACCCCUAGCGAUCAUGUGAAAAGAGAAGACGAUGGAUUUGGUUUGCAAGUUUGGCACUCGGAGGGAAUAACUUGCCCGCGUGGGACCAUUCCAAUAAGGAGAUUUGACAAAAACAUUUCCCAUACGAAAUAUGAUCCCUUGGUUCCUAAUGCAGCCGAUCGAGCUACAAAAGGACAUAAGUAUGCAAUCGCAGAGAUAAAAUGGCAACCAGUUUACGGCACCAAAGCUUCAUUGAGUGUCUGGAGUCCGAUUGUAGAGUUUCCAGCUGAUUUCAGCUUGGCGCAAAUCUGGCUCGUGUCUGGCCAGUACGAAGAAAACAAUCUUAACACGAUAGAGGCGGGGUGGCAAGUCUACCCGAACAGAUAUGGGGACCACCAACCACGACUGUUUACGUAUUGGACGGAUGUGUUUACGGGUAACUGGUGGAUGGGUAUGGGUGAAAACAUCGUGCCGAUUGGAUAUUGGCCUGCAGAGAUUUUCACCAGCCUAUCCGAUCACGCCACCACGGUACAAUGGGGCGGCGAAGUGUACCGCAAUACUUCUGGCAGGAACACUACGCUCCAGAUGGGUUCGGGUAAAUAUCCGAAUAAAGGCUUCAGACAAGCCGCAUAUUUCUGCAACAUCCGGAUUGCAAAAGAGAACCGUACCCUUUUACCGAUUGAAGACUUUGUAAUAGGUGGCACUCAGCUGGAUUCCUAUACGAUUAGGAAGAGUCACAGUAAAUUUUAA